UGCUUCGGGUUUUUCGUUUCGUGUCUGCAAGUACUGGUGAACGAAGUUUACUCGUUAAUUGACAAAUGUAAUAUAAUAUUAUAAAGUCAGUGGGGAACUCAUUGUUUAUUUCGUUCUGCGGGAAUUUAUUUAGUAGAGACACUUCCAUCGGUUCCCGUCUCAGCCCGCAAAUAUCGUGUCUCGAAAGAUGCAUUUUUAGGUUAGGUUUAUCGCGUCGGAUCAUCCGAUUGUGUUAGCCCUUACAUACAUACUUCCACAUCAGUCCACAUCAUAAAAAAACAAACGAGAUGGCGGACAAGGCAAUGAUGAAGCAAAUCGCUGAACAAAAGCUGAAAGCGUUCUCCAUAGGCACGAUGGGAAAGCGGCCUCUCAGCAAAAAAGAACUCGAAGAACAACGAAAAAAGGAACAAGAACAGGCAGCCGCUCAGGCUUUCGAGGAGUUUGUGGCAACGUUUCAAGAAACCCCCAACAAAACAAGCAACAAAAUCUGGGUGAAGGCCGGAACUUACGACGCCGGAAAAAGACAGGAGGACACAAGAGAGAAGGGUAAACUUUACAAACCACAGUCAAAAAUCUCUGAGCUUGUGGACAACAGAUCGUCGGCUGAGCAAGCACAGGAAUAUGCGCGACUGCUUGGUAGCAAUGAAAGGAAACUUGACAGAUUGGGUAAAAAGAAGAAGGAGGGUGAAAAGAAGAAAAGCAACCUGGAACUCUUUAAGGAAGAACUCAAAAUGAUACAGGAAGAGCGGGAGGAGAGACACAAGUACAAGGGAGUAGUGAAAACAGUCAUUUCAGCCCAAACUGAAGACCCGAUGCUCGCCGCUCUCAAAUGCGUCGAAGGUGAUGGUUCCUUUGACAACGGAGAUCCAAACACGACAAACUUGUACCUUGGUAAUUUGAAUCCAAAGAUCACAGAACAGCAGCUAAUGGAAAUAUUUGGUAAAUAUGGGCCACUAGCCAGCAUAAAAAUCAUGUGGCCUCGCAGCGACGAAGAAAAAGCCAGACAAAGGAACUGCGGUUUCGUUGCAUUCAUGAGUCGCAAGGACGGCGAACGAGCCUUAAAAAAUUUGAACGGACGAGACAUAAUGCAAUAUGAAAUGAAACUGGGUUGGGGUAAAAGCGUGCCCAUCCCUCCGUACCCGAUAUACAUUCCGCCAGCCCUGAUGGAGAUAACGCAGCCUCCGCCUCCAUCCGGCCUUCCGUUCAAUGCGCAGCCGCAUCGUCGUGACAGACACAAGAUACCACGUAUUCGCAACAUCCAGAGCGCAGACCCUGAGGAGAAGGAAAACAUUGAAAAGAUUUUGCAGAAUGCGGUUGUCAAAGUGGUUAUCCCGACCGAAAGGAACUUAGUCAUGUUGAUACAUAGAAUGGUCGAGUUUGUCAUUCGUGAAGGGCCGAUGUUCGAAGCCAUGAUCAUGAAUAGGGAAUUGAAUAACCCGAUGUUCAGGUUUCUGUUCGAGAAUUAUUCUCCCGCACAUACUUAUUACCGAUGGAAAUUGUAUUCAAUAUUGCAAGGUGACGCGCAGAAGGAAUGGCAUGUAGACGACUUCAGGAUGUUCAAAGGUGGUAGCGUUUGGAGACCACCGCCAAUAAAUCCAUGGACUCAGGGUAUGCCGGAUGAAUUGAUCGAAAUGGAGGAGAGACAAGAGCCACGUAGAGGAAGUCUGUCAAAUAGCCAGAGAGACCGCCUAGAGGAUUUGUUGCGCAACAUAUUGCCAGAGAGAAUAAAGGUGGCGGAGACGAUGGUCUUCUGCAUCGAGCACGCCGAAGCAGCGGAUGAAAUAUGUGAUUGCAUAAUGGAGUCCCUGUCGAUACUUCAAACGCCAGUGAACAAAAAAAUUGCCAGACUGUAUUUGAUAUCGGAUAUACUUCACAACUGUGGUGUCAAAGUGACAAAUGCUACGAUAUAUAGGAAAGCAUUCGAAGCCAGGCUGCUCGAUAUUUUCAACGAGAUUCAUCUGGCCUACAAGCAGUUAGACAGCAGACUCAAAGCCGAAGGAUUCAAAGUUCGUGUAAUGAGGAUGUUUCGAGCGUGGGAAGAGUGGGCGGUUUACCCGCGAGACUUUUUGGUCAAGUUGCAAAAUGCCUUUUUGGGUUUAGUUAUGACUGACGAACCCGAGCAAGAAAAUGAUGAGGAUAUUGACGGAGCGCCAUUGUCAGACUUGGAAGGUGAUCCUGGCGAAGAUUUAGAUGGAGUUCCACUCGACGGAGCUGCACUUCUCAAAGGCGCCUUGAAGCACGGUCUCACGCCUCAGCCAGUUACAAACUACGAUGAUAUUGACGGAGUGCCAAUGGACGAGGACAUUGAUGGAAUACCAAUGGAGGACGAAGAUGCUAUCUCAGCGAAAGCCAGAGAUGAUGAAAACAAAGCAUCCAUGCCUGCAGGCUUUGUACCAUCUAGAUGGGAAACCGUGGAUCCAGAUCAGGUAGAAGCGCAAGCAAUGACGACAAGCAAAUGGGAAGAAUUAGAACAAAACGAUGAUUCUAAUUCUCAGGACGCUAGUAUGGACUCAAGUGGCCGUGAUUAUAACGAGGAAAGACGGAACAGGCUAAGAGAAAUUGAAGUGAAGACUAUGCAGUACCAGGAUGAACUGGAAAGUGGCAGAAGAUCUCUGAAACCUGGAAUGACGAUACAAGCGCAGGUCGAACACUACAGGAAAAAACUUAUUCGAAAAAGCGAACGAGAAAUGAAAGAUAUGAAAACGGAGGACAGGGAUGAAGAGCGUAGAAAAGAAAAGAGACGAAGUUCCACACCGGAGUCACCUAGCCAUCAGAGAGACAGAAGACGCGGCUCUCCCAGUCCCUCAUCGAAAUCUAGCAGCCGUUACAGAUCAAGGAGCAGGUCGCCUCGCGGAAAGCGUAGAUCUCGCUCGCCGCACAAGAAGAGGCUGCAAGCACCUGCACCAGCGACACCGUCGCCUCCGCGAAUCCGACGUUCGCCCUCCCCGUCAUUUUCCUCGUCAAGACUGUCCCGUCGAUCGCCAGGCAGCGAGCGUGGCGAUAGAAAAAAGAGAGUAAGAUCACCGAGCAUGUCGCCGCCGCCGCCCCCCAGAACAUCUUCCAAACACAGAGGAAGCAGUCCGCCAUCUCCGGUGCCGAGGAAGCACAGGCAUAAGCAUAAAUACUGACAAUAAACGAGCGGGCAUGUGUCGAUUGUUGAAUGUGAGCCUGUCAAAUGAUUUGUUUAUAAGAUGUAUAUCAAAACCAUCGAUACGUUUUUACCUACAUAAUUCAUUUCACAAUCUUCCAGAUUAAGUACAUGAUGAAAAUAUAAUUUUGUGAUAUGCUAUACCUCGUAGGGUGUAAUGUCGUUAAAUCAUCGUAUCAAUUGAAUAGAUAUGUGUUACAAUUCGCAUGUGUACUGAUUACAUUUCUACGAUUCUGUAUGCUAAUUUUUGUCUUUUUAUCUAAUAAUGUUACGAGAUAAAAAUGAAAAUACACACGCGUUUCAUGCUAUCCAAUCAUAAUUAU